GCGUUGCCCAAAAUCAGUGGUGUGUUAUCCCUGCAGUCAUCUCGCAGAUCCAAUGACUUCUCAGAGGGCUGGCGAAGGGAAACAAGAAACUUACAUCUUGAUAUAGGUACUCGCAGUGUCUCCCGAACAGUCAGGUAACUACACCGGCUGUCACUACUAGCAGCACCAGCAGCACUAAGCCCGUCUCAACUUCGUCCUCGACCAGCAGCACUAAGCCUGUCUCAUCAUCUUCUACAACUAGCAGCGUGAAGACAACCUCGUCACCAGGAGGCGUGUCCACGACUAGCACGCCCGUCGGUUCGGCCACGGCCACGGCCACCUACUCGGGGAACCCCUUCCUCGGCGUAAACUUGUGGGCAAACAGCUACUACGCAUCCGAGGUCUCGUCUCUGGCCAUUCCUAGUCUCACGGGCGCCAUGGCUACCAAGGCUGCCGCAGUGGCCAAGGUCCCCAGCUUCCAGUGGCUGGAUAAGGCUGAGACGGUGGACACCUUGAUGGCCAACACUCUGGCUGAUAUCCGGAAAGCGAACAAGGCUGGCGCCAACCCGCCGAACGCCGGUCUCUUUGUCGUGUACGACCUUCCUGACCGUGAUUGCGCCGCCGCCGCAUCCAACGGCGAGUACUCCAUCGCCAACGGUGGCGUUGCCAACUACAAGGCCUACAUCGAUGCCAUCCGGGCCAAGAUCAUUGCCUACUCGGACAUCCGCAUCAUCCUCGUCGUCGAGCCCGACUCGCUUGCCAACCUUGUCACCAACAUGAACGUGGCCAAGUGCUCGGGUGCCGCGGCUGCCUACAAGGAGUGCACCAAUUACGCACUCACCAAGCUGAACCUCCCCAACGUGGCCAUGUAUCUCGAUGCUGGACAUGCUGGCUGGCUCGGCUGGCCCGCGAACAUCCAGCCGGCUGCCGAUCUCUUCUCCAGUGUUUACAAGGCAGCUGGCAGCCCUGCGGCAGUCCGCGGCCUCGCCACCAAUGUUGCCAACUACAACGCGUGGAACGCGAGCUCCCCGCCUGCGUACACCACUCCCAAUCCUGUCUAUGACGAGCUCCACUUUGUGCAGUCCUUCAGCCCGCUCCUCAACGCAGCUGGCUUCCCGGCGCACUUCAUCACCGACACUGGCCGCUCGGGCAAGCAGCCCACUGGGCAGACCGAGUGGGGCCACUGGUGCAAUGCCAUUGGAACCGGCUUUGGAGCCCGGCCGUCGGCCAACACUGGCCUCGAGAUUGAGGAUGCUUUUGUCUGGGUAAAGCCCGGCGGCGAGUGCGACGGCACGAGCAACACGUCGGCCACUCGCUACGACUAUCACUGCGGCUUGGCCGAUGCUCUCCAGCCCGCCCCUGAGGCUGGACAGUGGUUCCAGGCCUACUUUGUGCAGCUGCUCACGAACGCCAACCCGGCCUUUUAAGAGACUCUCCGAGGCCGCAGUCUCUCCUAGGCCGCAACGAAAAGUCUCUCGACAGUGUGCUCAUGUUGAGAAAGAGUUGAGGAAAAUGGCAUGAUCUGGAGUGUUUCCCUUUGUCUACUCUUCUUGCACAUAGCUUUAUAUACUCGGGAAGAUCCGAGUCAGAUUCCACCAAUGUGUAUACACACUUUACCUCCUUGGCACAAAUGUCGACCCAUGAUAAUCGAGAAUACCUGCUCCACCAAG